UGCUUCUGUCUCGCCCAAACUCACAACCUCUCCCCCUACGUGCCGAUUUGCUUUCACUGCGGAAUGAUCAUGUGCGAGCUGCAACCGCCCUCGAGCCUGUGCCCGAGUUGUGGGGAAUCCCUGAUCACACAAGGGCAGCGGCAAGCUCUGCUGGUGCGACUCGACGAGGAUAUGUCUGCUGUGCUAGAUGGGGAGGAGCGGGAGCGUCAGAGGCGAGAGGAGGAUGAGAGACAGCGGUUGUUGGUGGAGAGCGGGGGGGGUGCGUUCCCUACUCUUACUGGC